AUGAGUGGUCUACUCGACAAAAUCGACCAGGCCGUCGAAGGUGUUAAGAAUAUUGCCGCUGGUACACAAGAAAAGGCAUCAAAUGCAGCCUCUGCCGUACAAGAGCAAGCUCAAGCAAAGCCUCAGAAGCAAAGUAAGAAGGACAAGAAGUACAAGAAGGCUGGCGGUGCAGCAUCUAGUGCACCACUCGAAAUUGACCCAAAGCCAGAGUAUGUCGCUCAUAGGCUAGCGCUCUUCGAUAUGCUCAAGGCUGAGCAAGAUGAAGCUGCUGCUGCAAAGCCGCGAUCGCCUAUCACAGUAACGCUCCCAGAUGGUGCCACACGCGAAGGCACAUCAUGGCAGACAACACCGCUGGAAAUCGCAUCUGCAAUCUCGCAAGGUUUGGCAGACCGUACCGUGAUUGCCAAGGUCAACGGUCAGCUUUGGGACAUGACUCGACCAUUUGAGGAGAGUGCCUCCCUCGAGCUCUUUGAUUUCAACACGCCAGAGGGAAAGCGUGUCUUUUGGCAUUCGAGUGCUCACAUUCUCGGAGAAGCAACUGAGCGGCACUAUGGCUGCCUUCUUUGCAUUGGACCUCCCACAGAUGACGGUUUCUUCUAUGAGAUGGCUAUGCCGGAUGAGCGAACAAUCGAAGCCACAGACUAUGCUCCCCUUGAGCAGAUUGUUGGCAGCAUUGUCAAGGAGAAGCAACCUUUCGAGAGGCUAGUGAUCAGCAAGCUUGACUUGCUUGAGAUGUUCAAGCACAACAAGUACAAACAGCACAUCAUCAGCAGUAAGAUUUCAGAUGGCACGAGCACGACCGUCUACCGAUGUGGUCCACUCAUUGAUUUGUGUGUUGGACCUCACGUGCCACACACUGGCAAAGUCAAGGCCUUUGCAGUCAUGAAGAACUCGUCAUCAUACUUCCUGGGUGAUGCCAAGAAUGACUCUUUGCAGCGUCUCUAUGGUGUAUCCUUCCCAGACAAGAAGCAGAUGACGGAACACAAGCUCUUCCUGGCUGAAGCGGCCAAGCGGGAUCACCGUAAGCUUGGCAGAGAACAAGAACUCUUCUUCUUUCACGAACUAUCGCCUGGCUCUGCAUUCUGGCUUCCCCAUGGCACACGCAUCUACAAUACUUUGCUGCAGUUCAUGAAGACAGAAUACCGCGAGCGUGGCUACGAAGAAGUGAUCACGCCCAACAUGUACAACGCCAAGUUGUGGCAGACGUCGGGCCAUUGGCAAAACUACAGCGAAAACAUGUUUUCUUUCGAUGUGGAGAAGGAGAAGUUUGCUUUGAAGCCGAUGAACUGUCCAGGUCAUUGUCUCUUGUUCAAGCUACGCAAUCGCACUUACAAAGAACUGCCGCUGCGACUUGCAGACUUUGGAGUUUUGCACAGGAAUGAAUUUUCAGGUGCCUUGAGUGGAUUGACGCGAGUGCGACGUUUCCAGCAAGAUGAUGCGCACAUCUUCUGCACGACUGAUCAAGUUAAGCAGGAAAUCAAGGGAGUCUUUGCCUUCUUGCAGCACGUCUAUACAGUCUUUGGCUUUGAGUUCAAGAUGGAGCUCUCGACGCGUCCAGAGAAGUACCUGGGUGACAUUGCUACCUGGGAUACUGCUGAGAAGCAGCUUGAAGAAGCACUCAAUGAAUUUGCUGGAGAGGGCAAGUGGGAACUCAACCCAGCAGAUGGUGCAUUUUACGGUCCCAAGAUUGAUAUCACCAUUUCGGAUGCACUCAAGCGUCAAUUCCAAUGCGCUACGAUCCAGCUUGACUUCCAGCUGCCAAAACAGUUCGAGCUCGAGUAUGUCACUGGUGCAGCACCAGUAGGCGAGUCUUCCGAUGCACAAGCAGAGUCGGGUUUCGCACGACCCGUUAUGAUUCAUCGUGCUAUUCUUGGCUCAGUGGAACGAAUGACUGCCAUCCUGACAGAGCACUUUGCUGGUAAAUGGCCAUUCUGGCUCUCGCCACGUCAAGUAACCGUCAUUCCCAUUGCGGAAGCCUACAAUGACUAUGCGAAGGAAGUCCAUGCAAAGCUCUAUGAAGCUGGUUUCCACGUUGAUAUGGACCUCACUGGCAACACCAUCAAGCGAAAAGUGCUAGCGGCGCAACAGCAGCAAUACAACUUUGCCUUUAUUGUUGGUGAGGAUGAAAAGUCGACUGGCAGUGUCAAUGUCCGCAAUUGUCGCGGCGAGGCUGCACAGCAGGCACGCACGGAGACGGUAGAGCUGUCUGCUGUUAUUGAGCGGAUGAAUGCACUGCGGGAGUCCAAGUCUCAGUCUACCGAGCUAUAG